CGGAACCGGAGGCUGAGUUCGGGUUAUGACGGGAAACGGCACGUCCUAUUGGCAGGAAAGGGCCGGGAGGUGGAGCCCUGCCUAAGAGUGGCACCUUGCCCACUUUCCACUCUCGGCAGCGCAGCUUUAGUCCCUGAAGGGCUGGGAUAGUAGCUGGCUGAGCAGGGCCAGGCUGCUGCGGUGAAAUGGCGGGUGGUUGGUCUGUCUGCCGGCGCGCCCUGAGUUUGCGAGGGGCGUCCUGUAAUCACUAUGGUCAACCUCUUCGAAUAGUCCAAAGAACCUUCCUUAAGAAAUGUAAAAAUCAAUUAAAAUAUAUCACAUUUGUCGGUUUAACUGAAGAACAGAGCACAGUGUUACUCACAAAGCAACUAUACAGCACUUCACAAAAAACAGUGGAUCCAAAAGAGAUGAGAAAAUUCCAACUCUUGGCACAUAAAUGGUGGGAUGAGCAUGGAGAUUAUGCAGCCCUUCAUUCUAUGAAUGAUAUCAGAGUGCCCUUUAUUAGAGAUACUGUUUUAAAUAUGAGAAAUGAUCAUCAACUGGGAAGCCCUCUCUCUGGUGUGAAGAUCCUUGAUGUUGGCUGUGGUGGUGGAUUAUUAACUGAGCCUCUAGGUAGACUGGGAGCUUCAGUUACUGGAAUUGAUCCUCUGGAGGACAACAUUAGAACAGCAGAAGUACAUAAAUCAUUUGAUCCAGUCCUGGCUAAGAGAAUACAGUACAAAUCCUGUACACUAGAGGAUAUAGUGGAAGAGGCAUCAGAAACAUUUGACAUCAUUGUAGCCUCUGAAGUAGUGGAACAUGUGGCUGAUGUGGAAGCAUUUAUCCAGUGCUGCGGUGAAGUGUUAAAACCGGAAGGUUCCUUAUUUAUUACUACAAUCAACAAAUCACAGUUGUCCUAUAUCUUCGGCAUUGUAGUUGCUGAAAGAGUAUUGGGCAUUGUUCCAAUAGGCACCCAUGACUGGGAGAAGUUCAUACCACCUGAAGAGCUAGAGCGGCUCCUAGAAUCAAAUGGCUUUUCAGUCAAGGCAGUAAAAGGAAUGUUAUACAAUCCCCUCUUUGGGUCCUGGAGCUGGACUGGAAGCACUAGUAUUAACUAUGCACUCCAUGCUGUGAAAUCAAAAAUGCCAGAAUGUUUGGAUCCAGAACUAGAGUUGGGCACAGAGCAGCUCCAAACAGAAACUAGCAUCAGAACCGCUAGUUAAGACAUAAUGGCUUACAGUGACAUAAGAACUUGGAGGAAAGUUUGCUUAAAUAGCUGUAAUAAACCAGUAAGGAACAAGCAGCAUUGUAUUCAGUGUUGGAUUUUAAAAUGUGUCUGCCAGGCUGUCUUGUGGUAAAGAAUUGCUUGUUUUCCACAAUAUCAGCUGUACAAAGCUGUCAGAGAUGAGUUACCUUGAAGGAGUCAAUUAUAUACCUACAGAUCA